AUGGCAGAGACGAAAUCGAAGCAGAAGAAGUACGCCCUUAUCGGCACGGGAGGCCGAUCUUCAUUUUUCUACUCUGCAAUAGCAACGGCCUACAAAGAUACAUCAGUUGUAGUAGCAUUAUGUGACACAAACCAAACGCGGUUGGAUUUUGCAAACGAGCAAUUACAAGCUCUCGGCCAUGCAAAAGUGCCUACCUUCAAGGCUGCAGACUUUGAUCGAAUGAUCGAGCAGACAAAACCAGAUGAAGUCAUCAUUACAACUAUCGACCGGACGCAUAACAUUUACGUCGUAAGAGCUCUGGAAUUGGGAUGCAAUGUGGUGACCGAGAAGCCCAUGACGAUUGAUGCCCCUCGAUGUCGGGAGAUCUUCGAUGCUGUCGAGAGGACUGGCAAGAAAGUACGCGUCACCUUCAACUACCGUUAUGCACCACACAAUACCAAGGUCUGGGAGAUCCUGCGCUCCGGCGCCGUUGGCACAGUGACCAGUAUACAUUUUGAGUGGAUGCUGAAUACUUCUCAUGGGGCCGACUACUUCCGACGCUGGCACCGCGACAAACGCAACAGUGGCGGUCUGCUAGUCCAUAAGAGUACGCAUCACUUUGACCUGGUGAACUUCUGGCUCAACUCGAGCCCCGAGACAGUUUACGCACAGGGUGAUUUGAAGUUCUACGGUCGUGAGAAUGCGGAGAAAAGGGGUGUGACAGACUUUUAUACCCGCGCACACGGGAGUGAAAAGGCAAAGAAUGAUCCUUUUGCGCUGCACAUGGAGACAAACGAGAAGCUGAAGAGAAUGUAUCUGGAUGCGGAACAUGAAGAUGCGUACUACCGGGACCAGAGCGUCUUUGGAGAUGGAAUCAGCAUUGAGGAUACCAUGAAUCUUCUCGUACGGUAUAAGAACGGUGCCGUGCUGACGUACUCGCUCACGGCCUAUGCACCCUGGGAAGGAUUCCGCGUAUCUUUUAAUGGCACUGGCGGGCGGUUGGAAAUGGAGGUCGUGGAGAACAGUUACGUGAACAGUGGCGGUGAUCAGUCUUUGGAGGGAAGCCUAGAGACUCGCUCCAUCACGUUGAGAAAGCUGUUCGAGAAACCUCAAGAUGUUGAGAUUCCGGACAGCGUAGGAGCUCAUGGAGGCGGCGACGAAGUGCUAUUAGCAGACUUGUUCGGUGAACAGGGAGCGGAGAUCAAUCAGGAUAUGAGGGCUGCGACGCAUGUCGAUGGGGCAUUGUCGAUACUGACGGGUGUAUGCGCAAACAAGAGUAUCGCGACAGGCCAGGUAGUAAAGGUUAGCGAUGUAUUUGUGAUAUAG